AUGUCUGCGGUAUUGUGCGAAUCCUGGAUUUCAGAGCGGAAUACUGAAGAAUUGGGAUGUUCGCAGCCCACAGUGUCCAGAAUAUUUCAUGACGUGCUAGAGCGAAUUGUACAACAACCCGGAGAAUUUAUCAGGUUCCCAAAUACAGAAAAUCAAAUUAAGCAGGCCAAAGAGAGAUGGUUGACCAGGUUCCGUUUUCCCACAGCUACUGGAGUUAUCGACUGCACGCAUAUUGGUCUUGAUGGAAAACCAGCCCAAUUUGGAGACGAAUAUAUAAAUCGAAAAGGUUUUGCCAGUAUUAAUGUACAGGUUACACGCGACCAGAAUUCUGUUAUAACUAGUGUAGAUGCAAGUUGGCCUGGAUCAGUCCGUGAUGCUCGUAUAUGGAAAAAUUCGGCAGUGUGUGAAGUCAUGAAAAAGACAAGAAACACUAUUCUUCUAGGGGACAGUGAGUAUGGUAUAAUGUCAUGUCUUAUGACUCCUUACACAGACCCCCUCGAGGAAUAUCGGAGAGUCCUUAACAGGCUGCUUACAUCAGAGCGAGUUGUGAUUGAGCAUACAUUUGGGCAAAAACACGUAUAA